GGGGGAAACCUGGGACCGAACACAGCAUGCACACACUCACACCGGUCGACAGAUACACAUAACCACCUGGCUAUUGUUUUUGUCCGCCCUUUGCACUUAAAGAUGCUGUCUCUUCGAGCGGCGGGCAUCUUGAGGGCCGGACCUGCUACCGCCCGUGCUGCUCAGCCACGAAAAUUGGCCAGUGUUAGAGCCAAGUGCCGUUCACGCACAUUAUCUUCUGCCGCGACGUCUGCAUCCCCGGUCCCAUUUGCUGUUGCCUUUGACAUUGACGGCGUGCUUGUCCGAGGGGGGAAUCAAAUUCCAGGGGCAGGGCGGGUGCUGGAGUACCUGGUGGAGGCACAAAGCAACCCGAACGUGGCUCGACGCGUGCCUUUCGUGUUUUUGACGAAUGGAGGGGGGUGCAUGGAGGACGCCAAGGCCCACGAAAUGAGCGACGUAUUUUUCCCUGAGUUGCCUGUCCCCAUCCGACCGAGUCAGGUCAUGCUCUCCCACACGCCCAUGAAAUCCCUUCUCCCUCUUUACAAAGAUAAGCAAAUACUUGCGCUUGGGUCCAAAGACUACGCGGCCGUGUGCCGUGCCUACGGCUUUCAGCACGUGGUCACGGUGGAGGAUGUCCUCCACGCGCAUCCGGAGCUCUACCCGUUUAAAACCUACCAUAAGCGGCACGAUUUGCACACAGACCCGUUUGCCGCCGUCUUCAUCCUCCACGAUCCCGUGGAUUGGGCCCCUGAGAUCCAGGUUUUGUGCGACGUGUUCGAAGGCGGGAGGCUCGUGGGCAAGGACCCGGCGGACUCCGGCAAACACUCCCACAUCCCAGUUUACUCCUCCAAUUCGGACCUAGUCUUUAGCAGCGGCUAUGCCGUGCCUCGGCUGGCGCAAGGGGCAUUCUUGACGGCCUGGGAGGCUGUUUAUCGCGCCUGUUACGGUGGAAAGGGCAUAGAAAUAACCCGCUUCGGGAAGCCCUGGGAGAGCAGCUACCGGCACGCGGAGAAAAUGCUGGUGCACGAGGCUCGGCUCUUGGGUCUGACAGGGGAGGACUUGCCUCCUCACAAGCCGCAUGAGCACAAGCACUACCCCAUCCAGCGGGUGUACGCGGUGGGGGACAAUCCACUGAGUGACGUGGAAGGCGCCAAUCGUGCCGACGGACAUCAUUGCGAGUGGGUUUCCAUCCUGGUCAAGACAGGGGUUUACAAAGAGGGCAUGCCACACGCUGCCAAGCACGUAGUGGCGGAUGUAACAGAGGCUUUCCGGCUGAUAUUGGAAUUAGAGGGAUACGAUAUUUAAACAUACGCCUUAAGGGGGGGGAGAGGGUUGCGUGUUGACAGAUGGAGAGCAUAAAAAGAUGGGACACGAGGGUGUUCGACGAGAAGAAAGAAAAUUUG